GAUUACUAUGCCAGUGGAGACCCAAGAGGGCAAACGAUGUUCGAGGGAGUCGGCCCGAUGAACAUGUCAACAGCGGGAAUCCUUCAAUCCCUGAUUACACCGGCAAUUGGCUUGUUAUCCAUCCUCACUUGGUUGCAGAUGCGGCAUCUGUCUGCUGCCUGGAAGAAGCAACAAAAGGAAGCCAGGAAAGCUCGCGAGUGCGCUCCUGACGAGGGACGGACGCGACCGCGGUGGACCAUUCGAUCAACUGUGAGAGGGCUUGAUUUCGGUCCCAUCUCAAGUAUGCCGUACUCAGACGAGUCGGACUCCAGCGACGAAUUGAUGAGAGAGAGCUUCCAGAUGAAUUCCGAGAAAGAAGACAUGGUCUGA